UCGCGGCCCUGCCACAGCACCGCCACCGCACCGCCACCACUGCCGUCGUGGCCGCGGACACCCUUUCAGUUCUCUGAGGAAGCCGAACUCGCUUGGACUGGGUUCGGAGACGCUCAGCCGCUCAGCACUACCACCGGGGGCAUGUCGUCGCAGCAGAAAAGCGGUGCGGGGUCGGAGGCGCGCGAGGCGCGCGAGGCCAGGGACAGCAGCUGGCCCAACGUACUCUUCCACAUCCACGUGCACCUCGCCGCCCUCUACGGCGUCUUCCUCAUCAUCACCGAGGCCUACUACAGCACCACCCUCUACGCCAUCUUCAUGGUCAUGCUGGCAUCAUUAGCCGUGAACACCGGAGCGCACAGACUGUGGGCCCACGGCAGCUACAAAGCCUCCUUCGGACUGCGGGUCGCCCUCAUGCUCGCCCAGACCACCGUGGGACAGUGCUCCAUCUACGACUGGGUGCUGGACCACAGGAUCCAUCACAAGCAUUUCGGCACGGAGAAGGACCCCUACAACCACAACCGGGGCUUCUUCUUCGCGCACAUGGGCAGCCGCAUGCUGACCAAGCAGGCGGGCUACGACGACCUGGCCAAGGAAAUCGACAUGAGUGACCUGGAGGAGGACAAGGUGGUCAUGUUCCAGAAAAGGUACUUCUGGGUGCUGAUGCCCAUCGUGGCGCUGCUGCUGCCCAUCAACUUCCCCGUCGAGUACUGGGGCGAGUCCAUCCUGGUGUCCGUGUACGUGGCGGGCUUCUUCCGGUACUGCCUCGCCCUGCACAUGUCCUGGCUCGUCAACAGCGCCAUCCUCAUCUGGGGGCUGGACCCCAAGGCCAGGUCGUCCUCCGACAGCAACCUGGUGUUCAUCGUGACGCGCACGCACUGGCCGCACUACCACUACAUGCUGCCCUGGGACUACCAGACGGGCGAGUUCGGCACGUACGGCACGGGCUGCUCCACCGCCUGGAUCCGCGUGUACUGCGCGGCGGGCUGGGCCUCCGAACUCAAGACCAUGGACUCGGCCGCCGUCAAGGAGGCCCUGACUCUGGCCGUGGACACCGGCAAGCCGCUCGUCGAGUGCCUGAACAAGGUGGGCCUCGAGCACGCCUCGAGGAUCCCCGACAGCCACGUGCUGGAGUUCGAGAAGUACAAGUAGUCCGGCUGGCGGUCGAUGUGCCAGCGAGCACGGCGAGCCGACAGGCUCGGCGUCGUCGGCGCGGUGCAGGCUGCGGUGCGCUUGGUGGACUGCAGCACCGCGGCGGCGGCCGUCCGAAGCUAAAGACUUGCUGCAGGGGAGGACCAGAGCGUCGUCCACACCUCAGUCCCUUGACGCCCCCGGCCCAUCCUUGGAGGGUAGUGACGCCAAUUUAAUUUUAGGAAGCUGCGUUUUGUUGAGAGAGUUUUUUUUUUAUUUCUACGUUGAAUAAAGUUCGUCGUCCAUAAGUCCAA